AUGGCGGAGAAUUUAUCUGCCGAGAAUUUUUUACAUGUUUUAAGAAGAUUUAUCGCUCGACCUGGAUAUCCAAAAUUAAUAUUAGACGAUAAUGCAAGCCAAUUUCAACUGGUAUUCAAAACUAUUACGGAAGAAAACGCUAAUUUUUUGGCGACAAAGGGUAUGGUAUGGAAAAAUACUAUACCAAGAGCACCAUGGGGUGGUGGAUGGGAUGGAAAAAUAAGGAGUGCAACUAUACAAUUACCGAAUGGAAAACAAAUCGAUCGAUCAAUAAAUAUGCUUUAUCCUAUGGAAAUAGAUGCUACUGAAGAUAAAGAAGAAAAAGUGGAAGAACCCAUUGCUCGACGAACCAGAAGUGCUAAAAAAUCACAAACUACAAUCUAUGCAAAAGACAAGUCUAAUCUUUUGAUAAAAACUUUAUCAUUGAUAACGAUGAUGUCAUUAAUACCAAGACAGGGCGAUAUAGUUAUUGAACUAGACGUUGAAGAUGACUCGAACUCUACUACAAAAUUCAAACGAAGAGUAACAAAUAAACUAUUGAUGAUGGAAAAGUCUCCGGAUAAAAAGUACGAUCCUGAAAAUGUAAAACUUCAAUACCUUUCUGAUUCACUAAGACAAGAAUUCCUUCAACAACUCAAAGAAACACAGCAGAGAAGUUGCCAAAACAGAAAUAACUUAUUACUGUUAAUCAAAUGGUUGUCAAUCAGCAAUUCUACCCUUGCAGCGAAACUUAUACUUCAAAGAAACGAUGUGAUAGCUAAAAGAAUUAACGGAAAUUUGAUGGUGGCUCCUUGCAAAUCAGAACAAUCAACAAUCGAAAAUAUCGAAUUCAAAGGAGAUUUAAUAAGUAAGUUUGAAAUUGAGAGAAUUAAUGCAGAAUUGGAAAUCCUAACUCAAACUCAAAAAGCAAUUAAUUCAAUACCACAUCAAAUGAAGGAUGAACUCUUUUGGCAAGAAAUCUCUGAAGAAGGUGAAGAAAUUAUCAAACAAAUGGGAAAGGAAUUCAACGAAAUUGUCCUACCGAUAGAAGAAGAAUUUGAAAACUCGGGAUGGCGAGAAAGCGAGAGUAUCUUCCACGAGCAAUUGAAAAUGCUGAAGCCACAUGGUUUAACAGCAUUUGGUACUGCUUUAGGAUCAGCACUGAGAUUUGUAAAUGUAAAUCGACUGCAAACUGGCAUUGAUCAUUUUGGUUCUGGUCGUUAUCCAUUUUAUAUUGAACCAGUUGUUAUAAUUAGUAUAACUGAUGGUAACUGUUUGACAUGUCCCCAGUUUGGAGCUGUUAAUGAGAUUAAAGUUGCUAAGCCUACAGCAAUUGGUAACGAACUGAUUGGAGAGCCGUUUAGAUGGGACCAACGCCUUUAUUCAAUAGUUCUACGUCUCAGCGGUACUCCUAUGGGAAAAGUCUCCCCUGGAAUGAAUAUACCUUCUGAUAGUAGUCCUAUUGAUGCGAUGUGUAUUGCAACUGGAGGACGGUCAUAUUCCGUAUCAUCGCAUGAAAUGCUAGCUAUAUGCGUUGAAUCGAUUGUUCAAAAAUUGCAACAACAGGGAAUCAUCUUACGCUUCGAAAAAUAUGGACUAACCGAACAAACGGCAAAACAGAAAUUCAAAAAAAAAAAAAAUGGUGAAUUAGCAUCGGUUGGUGGUAAAUCAUUUAAUUCAGAUAACUGGCAUAAUGUUACUUGUAUCGUCCAUUUGCGGGCAUCACGAUCAUAUCCCGGGCACUGGCCCAUUCCAGAGGCGUUUUGGCUCGAUCGCAACAUGAUAAGUUUGCCGGCACGAAAAGCUCAUCCAGUGAUCUCAUUUCGUUGUGAAUCUAGUGAACCUGUUGUUUGUCAGGAUUUCCCAUUUGAUAAAUAUGAGCUUGAGUCUUUAUCUUUAACAAAAUUUGUAUUAUAG